AUGUGCGGUGUGUGUCCAUCAGUGGACACAAUAAAGCCGUGUAAAUGUCUCAUAAAAGCCGGUAAUAAAACACAUAUAGUUUGCGGCGGAAACACAGCGCUAGACCUGAAGAAUGUCUUCGAGAGACUGUCCAACGGAUCCGCUGAUGACAAACACUUUGAUUUGUUUGACUUAAAACACAACAAAAUCACUGAACUCGCGGACAAUACCUUCGCCGACAUCUCAUUCAAUGCCAUACAUAUAGAGGCAAAAGCGUUGACAACUGUCCGCCGGAAUGCGUUCGCCGGUCAGAGCGGUGUCCGACGGCUGACCAUCACUGAAACGCCGGUCACUGACUCCCAACUGUUCCCCUCAAUUGGCGCGAUGAUAGGGUUGACACAUUUGCAGAUUGUUGAGACAGAAUUGACACAAAUUCCGGGCAAUUGUUUUGAUUUACUGUACCGACUGUCGCAAUGUAUGGCUCGUAUACCCGAGGGAUUUAACUCAACAGAUGAUGAAAACAACGUGUAG